CACACACUUUCUCUCUCUACACUUUUCUCUCUACUGUUCAAAAGAAGGGGAAAAAAAAGAAAGAAAAUGCUGUUCCUGGUUUUGCAUUUUUCAUUGCACGAUUAGAAAAAAUGGAAAAAUAAAAUAAAAAUAAUUUACCUGUUUUUGAUUGGAUUUGUUGAAAAGAGGUUUGUUUCUCACUGUGUUCUGAUUCAUGCUCUCUAGCGUGUCCUUCGACGGCGCCGUUCUGGAGAUAACUUAGUUGAAAGAACUGGAGAUGUUUGGACUAAGUUUGAAGCAGCAGGCGGUGAAUUUUCGGUUUGGAGUAGUUAUCGUUCGUGGAUUUUUUAGCUAUGUUUGAUUGGAACGACGAAGAGCUGUCAAAUAUUAUAUGGGGUGAGGCUGGGGAAGGUGAGGAUCAUAUUGUUCCAUAUCCAGAUGCAAAUGAAGAAAAACCUCUAGGUUCGUAUGGAGAUUGUAUUAAGAAAGAAAAGAAUCAGGAAGCUGUGGAUGUAAAAACUGCUGAACAGAAGAAACCUGCUACACAAAGUGAUCUACAUGGAGUAAAACUACAAUGCAGUUCCCAAUAUGACACAAAUGAAGAUCUUUCUGCAAUGGAAUUUGGUGUGGACUCAUGGCCUGAUCUCUCGUUACCGGGUGCUGCAAAGGCUAAUGAAGAUACUAUGGAAGACAAGGCUGCUCCUCUCGAUAAUGCUUCUGAAAUUUUCCAGAGCCCUCUUGAUGAUAGUGAGCAAGGCGAUUUUGUUGAUUAUGGUUGGGCUAGUGUUGGGAGCUUUGAGGACCUUGAGAGGAUCUUUAGCAAUGAAGAUCCAAUAUUUGGAUGUGGAAGCCUCGUUAAUGCAGAUGAGCUAUGGUCAUCUUCCAAAGAUGUCACCAGCAGCCCUGAGAAGUCAAUUCCCAUGUCAGGUGACUUUCCAUGUCUGGGGCUAGGCUCACUAAGGAGCACGUCAGAGCAAUUUGAUGUUCAAGGAGAGUACCUGUCAGAUCAAAACCAGUGCUUUACUCCAGGACAUGAGAAAAUAAACUUGUUGACAUCCAAUGUCCCGCAGAAUGUGAAGUCUUGUGCAGGAAAUAUAGGAUACACCGGAAGUAGCAAUAAUAUCUCAAUGAAGGAGAAGGCAGCUUUUGAGAUGAGUGGAAGUAAGCCAGUAUAUAACUUACAGCUUGAUUCAGGAAAUUUUGCAGUCGCUAACGAGUGUAUGGUCAAGGGGAAUAAGCGAAAGAAGUUGAAAGGCUGGAAAAAAUCAGCAGAAAAAAGUGAAGGCAGGCAUUUGCAGAAUUUACAAGGAUGGACUCAAACUGGAAACCAGUUUCUUCAAUUCGAUGCCCCAUAUGCACCAAAUAUGGGUCAAUCUAGCUCGUCUUUGGUGUUCAGUCAGCAGACACAAUUUCAAGGAUCAGAGUCUUCACAUUACAAGCAUCUCUCUAGUCCACUUUUGACUUCUUUCAUUAAUGGUACUAUGGCAAAGCAGUAUACCGCUAUGCCUGUUUUGUCGCAAUUUCAUUCUGGAGAAGUUAGCCAGCAGCCUGCCAUUUCCAGCUAUGAGGUUCCUGGGCACUUGAAUCCUUCUACUGAACCUUCUGUUAAGUCUUUGACAAUGACUCCUCAGGAGAAGAUUGAGAAAUUAAGGAGGCGACAGCAAAUGAGAGCAAUGCUUGCAAUUCAGAAACAACAGCAGCAGUUUGGCAAUCAAAUGUCAUCUACUGAAUAUUCAGCUAUGGAAGGAGAAAAUAUUGAAGCAGAGGAAAACCUUUCAACAGUUGCGUCUCUUGAGCCAAAUUCACCCAUAGAACAAGAUGAUUCCAAUACCGCAUGUGUGCCGCACGAUGAUUGCUCAGUCCAGGAUUCAAUACUAUAUCAACUUCAGGAUAUUGUAGCAAAGUUGGACAUGAGGAUAAGACUUUGCAUUAGGGAUAGUCUGUUUCGACUAGCUCAGAGUGCUAGUCAAAGGCAGAAUGCCAGUGAUACAAGCAGUAGCAAUAAGAGCAACAGAGAUGAAGUUCUCAGCAAAGAAGAAAUUAACACUCAUAACAGGUUUCUGAAGGCAUCUGAAGCAGAGACAGAAACCAACCCAAUCGACCGCACUGUGGCUCAUCUGCUGUUCCAUAGGCCUUUAGAGCUCACAGGAAGGAUUGUUGAGACACCUGAACCAAACUUAUCAGCUAAGAUCCUCCACUAUGACAAGCAAGCAUCUAGCUCAAUGAGCUUGCAAACUAACAAUUUGCCUCAAAGAUUAGAGAACAAGCAAAUUCUAUCCCAUGAGGAAUCAGAGGUUCCUUGCCUAUUUCGUAAAGAGAAUCAGUUGGAAAAAGCUUUGGAAACUUCUGAAAAUACAUUAACCGCCAGAGCUGCAGAAACUGGAAUAAUGAAAGUCGAGCCCUCCCAGUGAGAACUGAAGUAACAAAAUCUUUAGAAGGCCCACUGGUACCUGUCUGUCAUGGUUUUGGAAGGUCCAAUGCUAUAGCCAUGACCAUGGAAGAAGUCGUUCACUGGAAGUUCAUAAAAUCUAUAUUCCCUUCAAAAGGGAGUAUAUCAUAUGUCCGAAGUUCCUAUUCUGGUUGACUAGAAUAUUGAUGUCGUCACACGUCCUGUUGCGAGAUCUGAAAGUAGAUUGAAGCUACCAAACUUCUACAAAUAUGGCCGCUUCGCAUAUUGCUCAUUUGACUAGAUUAACUUGUUUGUGUCAACUUAUUUAUACCUGCGUGAUCUGUUUGCUAGACGUGUCAGUUACAUCUUCAUUUAUCCAUCUUGGUAGAUUCUUGCUGGUCAUAAUUGUAUCUGUAACAUAAUUCAACUAUCUCCUCAUCGAUCUUGGACUUUAAUUGAGCAAGACGUGAAAAAAACUUGCACAUUUUUAUGGACAGCGGAAGUAUGUUUAAGGUAGAUUUUCCGUU